AUGAUAGUCGCUUGCCUUCUCCUCUCUGGAGCCUGGACUGUUGUGUCAGGCUCCGUGCAGGUGAUGCACAGAAAGGUCCAGUCAGUCCAGGCAGGUGGAAACGUUACUUUUUCGUGCCGGUUGAUCACAAAUGAAGAUGCGCUGCAAGUGACCUGGCAGAAGGAAAUGGAAGGGACUGAUGACAACAUAGCAACUUACAGUACUGUGAAUGGCCAAAAGAUCGUGAAGAGCUAUGGCAGCCACGUGAGCUUUGCCCUCAGUGAGCUACAAGCCUCGGCCAUCUCCCUUCAGGGGGUCACUUUCCAAGACGAAGGAUGCUACAAGUGCAUUUUCAACACGUUUCCCUCCGGGGCUGUCACCGGCAGGAUGUGUCUCAAGGUUUACGCCAUAUCAGACCCCAAAGUGGAAGCUAAGCUUAUACCCAGUCCAGACAAAGCCAAGGGCAAUGUCAAAGUGGUGGAGAUGAGCUGCUCAGCAACAGGGAAACCAGCUCCAAAAAUUACCUGGCAGCUUCCCAGCACCCUGCAGCAGAAACCGAGAGAGUACCACGUAAGAGUCAGCAACCAGACCGUGACCGUCAUCAGCAAUUUCACCCUUACUCACUCCAAAGUCCUCCAGGAGUACCCUGUCACCUGCAUGAUCCAACACCCAUCUCUAAACGUGACCCUGGCUCUGCCCACGGACAGCCUGAUGCAGGGUCAGGACUCAACCAUAGCACCAGCUGUUGCCACCGCCGUUGGGGUGUUAGUUCCUCUGAUUUCCCUCCUCCUCCUUGGCUUCCUCUUCUGGCACUGCCUGAGACAGCUGCAUGAUCCGGAGAGACACCGAGCCCGGCCCUGCUGGGUCCUUCCUGUAUGUACCAAGGACAAGUGUGGAAAGUACAAAGUUACGGGCAAACAAGCUCCCACCGUACCUCCCAUCUCUGGCGCUCCUUUGAAUACCCUCCGGCUUAUUUUCCCUGCCCCGGUCGCAGCUGCCUUGCCUUUCCUCCUCUCCAAGGGGCUGCCUUUUCCCGGCCCCCGGCCCCGGGGCGCCAGAGGUGGGAGGCAGAAGAAGGGGAAAUUUGGAGACAGCAAAGGGCCCGGCAGUGCGGUGGCCCCUCGCUCCUUCCAACCCCCACCAGUACCACCUGCGUUUUUCAACAGCAAUCCAUGUUCACAUGCUGCAAGGAAACGACAAGAACCAUGCAGUUGGUGGUGGGGGCAAAGCCACACCGAGAGACCAUGCCAUGAUGAUUUGGAAGUCAAGUCAGGGUCUCCAGUGGACAGCAGUGAGGCCCAGAUGGUCCCUGUGGACCCCUUUAGCUGCAAGGAGGCCACCCUGCAGGAUGCUGGCGCUGGAGUCCUCUCUGGGAGAAGGUGCUUGGCUGUGAGGCCAGGACAGGAAAGUUUGGAGGAAGCAGUGAAGUCUGAAAACAUCGUUGUAGCAGCCCUUGGUGGAGAGGCAGACCUGUAUUGCAACUUCACACUCACGAUGGAUGUUCUGCAAGUCACCUGGCAGAAGAGAAAUGGGUCUUUGUUCGAGAAUAUCGCCACUUACAGCCAAAACCAUGGACUGACACUGAUGGGGUCAUUUCAAAAGAAGGCAAGGCUCACUAGAGCAGGCCUGAAAGCCUCAGUGAUCACAAUGCAAAAUCUUACAUUAGAGGAUGAGUCCUACUACAGAUGCAUCUUCAAUGUAUUCCCUCAUGGCUCUCUCAGCAAAGAUAUAUGCCUCAACGUCCAAACGGUUUCUGAGCUAAUAGUAGAGUAUAAUCCACAUCUGGAUACUGAGGGCCUCCUCACUGCAGUCUGCUCAGCAACAGGAAAGCCUCCCCCCCAGAUCACCUGGCUGGGUGGUGAAGACCUGGAUGAGACCUCCAAAGUUCACCACGUUCAAAAUGCAAAUGGAACGUCGGUGUUUUACCUCCCAGCUCCAGAGAAGGAGACUUACAAAGACCUUGGCAAAAGUUGGCAGAAAGCUGAGCUGAGCCAGAACCUUGUGAAAAAAGAAAUAGAUGAAACAUGA